AAUGAAACUGAGGUAAAUAAAUAAAGAACGGUCAGAGGACGUAGAAAAGGAGUAAGAAAUUAAUCCUUUUCACUCAAAAAAGUUAAUGUAGGAUUACGCAAAAUUUUAUCAUAAUUUAUAAAUAUUAUUCUCUUAAUUCAAGCAGAAAGAGAAUUUUUUCCCCUUCUCCUAAGUUGCGAAUCAUGAACCGACUUGUGCAUUUAUCAAAACUGAGGCAGCCACUAAGUCAAAAUAUUAGCAGACUAGUUUCCUCCAAGGCAACAACAGAUCAAUUUCAUUGUCCAGAUGCUACUCCUGAAGAAAUUCGUCUUGUGAAUGAAAGAAUUAAAUUAAGAAAAGCUUUGAGGGCAGAAUACUUGAGAAAAGUUACUGAUCCCCAUUCUACUGAACCUAUAGUUUUUGAUCCUCUUAUGCAAAGAUAUUAUUCGAUGCACAUGACUCUAACAGAUAGAUUUAUACCAACUUUUAAAAAUUGGUGUCAAUACAUGCUUACUUGUAUUAUCCCAAUUGUACUUUUUGGUAUUUAUCUGCAGCGGUCAGGGGAGAAAUUUGAGAAAAAAAUUCGAAGUGGAGAAGUUGAAUAUAAAGAUCGCUUAUUCAAGUACCAGUAAUGAAGAUGCGGUUGGACAUGUCAUUUUCAUUAUGGAUCUUAAGUAGAAUAUCUGUAUUUAAAGGUCCUGCAUAGCAAAAUUGUUGAACUUUGUUUCUCACAGACUAAGUUUUUUUGUUCAUAUUUCUGAAUAAAUAUGUGAAAUAUGAUGAA